AUGAUGGAAAAGGACGAAGCAUCGGCAAAAAUGCUAAAUAAAACAAUAAAGGAGUUAUCAGGCAACAUAAACACGAGAAUGAGUGGCAUCCCCAAAUCGGCCAAUGAAACCAUAUACAUUAGAGGGAUGGAUUCCAUCACCACGAAGGAGGAAGUUCUACAAGCAAUAGAAGGCAUAACGGGUACUUUGAAGGACCCAAACUACAGGCUGAGCGAAAUUAGACCACAGCAAAACGGAACGCAGGCGAUAACUCUGACGAUUGACAAAGAGCUAGCGGAGAAACUAUAUGCGACAAAAUACUUAAGAAUAGGGGUGGUGAGAUGCAGUAUGGAGAAGAGGCAUUAUGUGGAAAGAUGCCCUAAGUGCUGGUCGCACGAUCAUAGCACAGACAAAUGCCAGGGACCGGAUAGGACAAGCGCGUGUUUCAGGUGUGGUGGAACGGGACAUCAGAAAUAUAUGUGGUCAGUUAGGCCGAUGUUAUUGGCUGACCUCCGUAAACACAGUAAUUUAGAUUAG